CUUCAGCUCCGCUAGUAACUCACAGCUCACCACGGGCAGCUCGCCGGCUGCCUACACACCGAGAAAACUACUUUGCAAGUGUAAAGUUUGUUGCCAAAGAACUACAAUCCUGACAGACAAAGAGCCGGGCACGACAGCGCACAUCGGUCUACUCGGAUUUAUACAUUUUUAAAAAAGAGCCCGUCUGGAGAAGCAUUGAAGGUGUUAAAUUUCCAGACAGACUGACCUCUUCCUGCCCUACCCGACAACCCUCUGAAGCUCACUUUGACCACCUACGUCUUCUUCUCUCGUCUGUGUGGUGCCCAGUGCUCCCCCCAGGCCGCCUAGAGAGUGGGCACAGAGCCAUGGUAACUCACAGCAAGUUUGACAACGCAAUGAGCAGCAGCCUCUUGGAUUCCAGCAUGCGGCUGCCUCACCGUUACAAGACCUUCACCAAGGCGCAGUUCCAGAUGGUUCUCUCCACGCUCCACAAACUACAGGAGAGUGGCUUCUACUGGGGCGCUAUCACCGGGAAGGAGGCCAACGCCAUGCUGGCGUCAGAGCCCAAUGGCACUUUCCUCAUCCGGGACAGCUCUGACAACCGACACCUGUUCGCCCUCAGUGUCAAGACAGCGUCGGGCACAAAGAACCUGCGCAUCCAGUGCGACACGACCUCUUUCUACCUGCCGACAGACUCGAAGAACAUUCAAUCUGUUCCCCAUUUUGACUGCGUCCUCAAGCUGAUCCAUUAUUACAUGACUCAGAGCAAAGGGAACACUCGCAGUGGGAGUAUCUACUACAUCUACUCUGAAGUAGAGAAGGUCCCUCUGGAGCUCAUCAAGCCUCUAUCCAGCUUAUCCACCUUGCAGCACUUGUGCAGGAAAACUGUCAAUGGACAUUUGGCCAAUUCUUCUAAAAGAGACCAACUUCCUUAUCCUCUUAAGGAGUUUCUCCAAGAGUAUGACUCUCCUAUCUAGAGGUCUUGAACUGAUGCUCUUGCAGGGGCUGAGACUUGAGAGCGUCGAGGAGAAACCGGAUGGUUUCAGGACAGCUAUGGUCAACGACACGAGCUGCGUCCGAGGACUUAUGAUGAAGAGCCAGAGGCAAGACAGUCAAGCAUCCGAGCUUGUGAAAAGAGAGCAGUUUAGCGUAAUGACAAGGUGUGUUCUCGCUGGAAAACGGACCUCUUUGAUUCUGCAUUUCAGAAAGAGACGGGAUAGAGGACUAAUCCACACACAGAGGGCGCUGCUGUGACCUGGCAGUAUGAAAGAGAGAGAGAACCUCUGGCAAUGACGUAUGACUUACUGAAAGCCGAAGUGAGGCUCACAGUCAGCUGUCUGCAGUCUGAUGACACACAGGUUCCCUCUGCUGCUAACCAAUGUGCUGCGAGGCUGUCCAGCUCCAUUCAACAUGUCUGCCUCCUCAGAUGAUAAUCUUGGACGUAUGUCAGACACGUCUGUCCAGCAUUCUGGGAUUUCUGACCAAGCGUACGCUGGAAAUUCAAAGACAAUAGAAACACAAUAUAAAUGAGUGGACUCUGAUGGCCCUCUGAGCUUUGUUUUUUUUUUUUUUUUUUUUUUUUUUUUUUUUCAGUCUGAAUUUUAUAAAAUGUUUUACAACCAGAAAAUGUGGAAGGAAGACGUGUUUCUAUUAUUUUGUUCGGGGGAAGGGUUUAUGCCAAACUUGCCUGAACUAGACAGCAGCUUGUUGAAUCCUGCAAGGUCUUACUUCAGUCACAUCUUUUAUAUGGCUUCACAUGUGAGGAAAUAUACACCAGAAGAUGUGAUAGUUUUUCUGUGACAGGAUUGCCAUUGCUUACAAAUGAAUGUAUUAAAUAAUAACAACUGUCUUUUCCUGACGAGGAGAAGAGUCCAAAUGUUUCUUAUUUUCAUGAGUUUACAUGAGUGAAGGUGAAAUCUGAUUUUGUGCUGUCUUUUAUAAAGAUGUAUUCUUUGCCAGACAAACUUGCUGGCUGUGGAUGCUUGAAGAUAUUUGAGUAAUUUGACAAAGCAGGCAGACUGAUACAACUUUGCACUUAUUUAUAUUUGUAUGAACAUGUGAUUAAUUUAUAAUAAAAGAGCACUAUUUUUCUAUGAAA